AUGGAGGUCUUCGACAUCUACUCCAGCAUCGACCACGCUCAAGGCCCGUCCCCGCUGACGCAAGUCGACUUCUUCCAUACCAAGCAUCGAGCCAUCAAGAAAGCCCAUGCAGAAGUCGCUGCCAAGGGUCACAAUCUCGGCCACUCUGAUGAUAUUGGUCAGAUCACUAACGAUCCUGCGCCAGGGACCUCGGAAGGAGAACUCACACCAUACCAAUACCCUGCAUCUCAGAACAUGACAGCAGCGUACCGGCGCUCGCGAGGAAACAAAGAGACGAGUCAGAGAAGCUUUCACUUGGCAGCCUAG